CAGUUCACAGCACACAUGUUCACCAGCGAAAGCAUGUUUUUCCCAAGUGAUGAGCUUAAAUAUCUCUGUGAUAUCAAUGCUACCAUUUUCUCAAGGUUCCAGCUGCUAAGGCUGCCACUACAUUCCUAAGAGCCACAGGAAAAGGCAUUUGCUCCUCUAUAGAAAUUCUCAGACUGAUUUUUCACUACAGAUACCUUCCUGUUCUCUUUAUAUGUUACUGAUGUGGACCAGGGUAACAUAUAAAGAACAGGAAAGUACCAACAUUUCCCAUGUGGGUUUCAAAGGAGAUGGCAUGGUUCAGAGCAGCGGGCACCAGUGCAGAUCGGCCAUCUCCGCGGCAGAGGUGAUCGUUUCCAGCGUAGCAGUGCAAAGCCAAAGGGCACCCACGAGUUCAUUACAUAAUUCCUGGUAGCAUGAGGCCAAGUGUGUAUCUGCCCUGGGGGAACAGUCAGAGGCUCCGACAGGCAGACCUAGGCAGUCGGACUGACUAUGUUUUCACAAAGUGUAUGCUCGCAGUUGUUUGUUUGGAAAAAGACUGACCAGCUUUUCUUCCCCCCUCCUUUCCCCUCUUUCUUUUUUUCCCUUGUAAACUCUCUGGCAUAAUACUGAAUGGCUUUGUUUUUAAGCUGCCUUAGGCUUGCUUUGUGAGGAAAAAGACUCAAUAUCCUUUCCCUGUGGGACACAAGUUGUUAUUUUUGGAGCAGAAGUUCUUAGCCUGAUCUCUGUCUAGAUCAAUUUCUGUCUUGAUGAGGCCGUGGUCUGUGACAGCUCCGAGCAUUCUCUGAGGAGGGAGACUUCCUCACUUAGUGGGAAGCAUGGACAAAGAUGUCUAGGGGCCACAUCUGACACUUCACUGCUCUUGGUCUCCACACGAAGGGUCCUGGGCAUUCGGAGUCUGCUCGUUAGAUUGUGCCCUUGGAACAGUCGCAGCCGCAUGCCGUGAGUGGCAUGCUUUCUGUCAUUGGGAUCAUGGAAAAUUCUUGUCUCAUUCAGAGCCCAGAUCGUCCAGGCCAACUCCCUUCAUCUAUCUCAAGAAUAUGGCUUUUUCUGCUUAUUCACUUCAUGGUACAUUUUGGAUGGAGAUGGCCCCCUCUUUUAACCCAGAUCACAGACUCCAGGUCACAGAUGCCUCAGAGCUAAGAAAGCUGGAGGAUUUCUGCAGGCUAUUUGGGGUGCAUCUGUCUUGGCCAACACUGGAGACUCUCAGGCCUCUGGGAACAGAGGGUCUCAGACUCAAAACUCAGAGCAUCCCCUCUGUAACCUGCUCUUCGUGUCAGGCUGCUAGACCCUGGGAAGAAACUGCUCCAACUUCUCACAGUUCCUCUGCCUGACCUGCUAUUCCUAGGAGUUUCCAUAGCUUGAGCCUACUAGGAAACAAGUAAAAUUAGAAACAAAUUAAAAUACUGCAUCGGCAACAAAUUAGAUGGCAACAGUGUGAUCACUCCCUUGGAAGACAGUUCUAGCUGGAUAUUCAGGGUCCAGGGCUAUGUGGAGAAAGACCCUAAGACCAAGGGUGCAGCCAACCCCAAGCGGUUGCUGGCCCUGGCAGGUGUCCCAGCGGCUUUCACCUUGGCAGGUGGGAGCAUGACCUGUCGUGUGCGGUUCCUGGCGGGCUAUACAUAGCCAAAGCUUCUUACAAGUGAAACCUCUUUCACACCCUCCACAGGUCCCUCCCACAGGCCAGAAGACUCUCUGUAAAUCCCUGGACGUUGUCUCACCCAAGAAGGGGACACAGCCAGCAGUCCUCCAGCCCUCCGGUGCUUCCCGUGGGAGCGCACCCCGUGCUCAGCCAUGGUGGACAUGGGGGCCCUGGACAACCUGAUCGCCAACACAGCCUACCUGCAGGCCCGGAAGCCGUCGGACUGUGACAGUAAGGAGCUUCAGCGGCGGCGGCGCAGCCUGGCCCUGCCCGGACUGCAGGGCUGCGCUGAGCUCCGCCAGACGCUGUCCCCAAACUUCCACAGUCUGUGCGAGCAGCAGCCCAUCGGUCGCCGCUUCUUCCGUGACUUCCUAGCCACGGUGCCCACAUUCCACGAGGUGGCGACCUUCCUGGAGGAGGUGCAGAACUGGGAGCUGGCUGAGGAGGGGCCCACCAAAGACAGCACGCUGCAGGGGCUAGUGGCCACUUGUGCGAGUGCCCCUGCCCCGGGGAACCCACACCCCUUCCUCAGCCAGGCCGUGGCCACCAAGUGCCAAGCAGCCGCCACCAAGGAAGAGCAAGUGGCUGCAGUGAUGCUGGCCAAGGCUGAGGCCAUGGCCUUCUUGCAAGAGCAGCCCUUUAAGGAUUUCCUGGUCAGCCCCCUCUAUGACAAGUUUCUGCAGUGGAAACUCUUUGAGAUGCAACCGGUGUCAGACAAGUACUUCACUGAGUUCAGAGUGCUGGGGAAAGGUGGUUUUGGGGAGGUAUGUGCUGUCCAGGUGAAAAACACUGGGAAGAUGUAUGCCUGCAAGAAACUGGACAAGAAGCGGCUGAAGAAGAAAGGUGGUGAGAAGAUGGCUCUCUUGGAAAAGCAAAUCUUGGAGAAGGUCAGCAGCCCUUUCAUUGUCUCUCUGGCCUAUGCCUUUGAGAGCAAGACACAUCUCUGCCUUGUCAUGAGCCUGAUGAACGGGGGAGACCUCAAGUUCCACAUCUACAACGUGGGCACGCGUGGCCUGGACAUGAGCCGGGUGAUCUUCUACUCAGCCCAGAUAGCCUGUGGGAUGCUGCACCUCCAUGAACUGGGCAUUGUCUACCGGGACAUGAAGCCUGAGAACGUGCUUCUGGAUGACCUUGGCAACUGCAGGUUAUCCGACCUGGGGCUGGCCGUGGAGAUGAAGGGAGACAAGCCCAUCACCCAGAGGGCUGGAACCAACGGUUACAUGGCCCCUGAGAUCCUCAUGGAGAAGGUAAGUUACUCCUAUCCUGUGGACUGGUUUGCCAUGGGAUGCAGCAUUUAUGAAAUGGUUGCUGGACGAACACCAUUCAAAGAUUACAAGGAAAAGGUCAGUAAAGAGGAUCUAAAGCAAAGAACUCUGCAAGACGAGGUCAAAUUCCAGCAUGACAACUUCACAGAGGAGGCAAAAGAUAUUUGCAGACUCUUCUUGGCUAAGAAACCAGAGCAACGUUUAGGAUGCAGAGAAAAGUCUGAUGAUCCCAGGAAACAUAAUUUCUUUAAAACGAUCAACUUUCCUCGCCUGGAAGCCGGCCUAGUCAAACCCCCAUUUGUGCCAGACCCUUCGGUGGUUUAUGCCAAAGACAUCGGUGAAAUUGAUGAUUUCUCUGAGGUUCGGGGGGUGGAAUUUGAUGACAAAGAUAAGCAGUUUUUCAAAAGCUUUGCAACAGGUGCUGUUCCUAUAGCGUGGCAGGAAGAAAUUAUAGAAACGGGACUGUUUGAGGAACUGAAUGACCCCAACAGACCUACGGGUUGUGGAGAGGGUAAUUCAUCCAAAUCUGGCGUAUGUUUGUUAUUGUAAAUUGCUCUCUUUACCAGACAGACAGCAGGAGUCUCGGCUGAUAUAAUCCUCGAAUGUUCCCAACACAUGGUAAUCUGUGGAAUGAGGGCUAAUCAGUUAGGAGGGACAUUGCAACCACAGAACAAUCCAAAGGACAGGCAAGCUCACUACUAGACACAUUUCUUUUCUUUUUCUUUCUUUCUUUUUUUCAUAAAGAUGAGUAAAGUCUCAGUUUUCACUGAGGGCUGGGAAAAGAAACACUCAGGUUUAUUUUGAUAAACUAAAAGCAUCAGCCUUUUACCAACGUGUCCCUGUGUAUUACGCAAAGUCCUGGGAACAGAGAAUGGAACUUUGUGGUGUGCCCAGAAAAUGAGCAUUUGCAAUUCUUAGUAAAUAAUCAUUUCAGUCUUUCUUUGUUUAUAUUUUUUUCCCUUCAUCUUUCUUCUGCUUCUAUCCUUAUAAAGAGGAUUUUGAAGCUGGAAAUAAAUUUUCCUGACAUUCUCCCCCUAAAAAGGAGUGGAUUACAGUAUUUUGGCAAUGUUUUAGAUCACAGAAUAAUUUUCAAUGUCACUGAUAGAUUCUUUUACAAUUUUUUGGAAAUAACUUACUAUCAUAAUGUUGAAGCAUUUUAAAUGUAAACAUCCAUGAGGUCCGUGAAUGAAAGUAUUCUGUAAGUUUAGUUGAGUCCUUUAAGUAAUAUGCUACAAAUUGCUUAAACUUGCACUACCAAAUGCCAUCGGUUCCCAAACCUGCUGAACUUUGGAAUCAUCUAGGGAUCUUUUAAAAAAUGAAUGCCUGACUCCCACCCCUAGACAUCCUGAUCCCCACUCCCAGGUAUGGGAACAGCAUGACCAUUUAGAGUUUCAGAAGCUCCCCAGGUGAUUCUAAUAUGCAGCAAAGUUUGGCAGACACUGCCCUGCACAUUUGAAUGUUCUUACAUUCAAUCUUAUUUUGGUUGCUCAAAACUUCAAUAGUACAUUUUGAUGGCAACUUUUCAAAUGUCCCCAAAGCAUGUCAUUUUAUAAUGGCAGUAUAAAUGAAACAAGACAAUCUGUAUUCAUCUUAUAGCUUCUCUCAUCCUUGCACACUUUAGUUUCUCCCACAUAUCUUGGGAGCUUGGUCUCUUGGCUAUUUCAAGGCCCGAAGGAGACCUGUGGGCUUAGAAUUGAAUCGAAACAAAUAGUAACCCUCAUUUCAAGUGGCUGCCCAGCCAACACUGUAUGGUAGAAUUAGCACUUCUCAAAAGCACAGCCAAGGUGAGAAUUCUACAGCUGCAAAAAAUAUUUGGAUACAAAUAUAAAGCUGGGUGAUAUUUUUUUAAAAGGAUGUAUGUGUGCAUAAUAAAAUCUAAUUUAUCCCGGUGGUAAAAAAGCUGGCUGAAGUCAAUUUAAAAGUUUUGUCCCUUGAGUAAGAAAUUCAAGAGCUGCAAAAGUAUUGGUUUAAAAAAAAAAAAUGUUGGUUAGCCAGGCAUGAUGGCUCACACUUGUAAUCCCAGCACUUCAGGACGUUGAGGUGGGCGGAUCAUGAGGUCAGGAGUUCGAGACCAACCUGGCCAACAUGGUGAAACCCUGUCUCUACUCAAAAUACAAAAAUUAGCCAGGCAUGGUGGCGGGCGCUUGUAAUCCCAGCUACUUGAGAGGCUGAGGCAAGAGAAUCGCUUAAACCCAGGAGGCAGAGGUUGCAGUGAGCCAAGACCAUGCCAUUGCACUCCAGCCUGGGUGGCAGAGCAAGACUGUGUCUCAAAAAAGAAAGAAUGUUGGUUAACUGGAAUCUGGCUAACAGUAAUACUGAUUUCCAAGACAGCAUUAAUCAUACCUGGAACAAGUUAAGAAGCCCUCUGAGAGUUGAGGCCUGGGCUGGUGCACCUGUGGCUCACUUUCCUGCUCCUUCUCCAUCCUCAGCAUGCUCCCUGAUGCUCCAAAUCCUAACCUAGGAUGCUUAGAGUUCUGUGUCACCAAAGCAUGAUACAGAUGUGCCCAGGAGAUUUUUUUUUUCCCUGAGGUAAGAAAGUAAAUUCGAGUUUGGUUAAGUUUUGAACAAAUCUUGUUUAACAAAAAACUGAUUGGUGAUUAACAGAAAUCCAAUUAACCAGAGCACCCCAGUGGUAGAGUUCUCAGGAUUGGGCUUUAUAGACAUUAGACAUUUAAAAACAACAUCGUGUUUAUUUGUUGAUUAUGCCUUAAAGCUGGCAGAGGGACAAAUACAAGCUAAUAAUUAAAGGCAACUAUCCCAAUUUUUAAAAGGACAAAAAACUUGGAGAGAAAAAAAAGUAAAAAUGUCUUGUUGCGUUGGUUCCGUAGUGUGAAUUGCCUCUGCUUUCAAUAAACGUUAAAUGCAAAUCUGUUUUAUGUCUUAGAACUAAUUCAGGAAAAUUAUUGAAAAAGUACUUGUAUUAAUCCAUUCUCCCACUGUUAUAAAGAAAUACCCGAGGCCAGAUGUCAUGGCUCAGGCCUGUAAUCCUAGCACUUUGGGAGUCCGAGGCAGGUGGCUCACCUGAGAUCAGGAGUUCGAGAGCAGUCUGGCCAACAUGGUGAAACCCUGUCUCCACUAACAAUACAAAAAUUAGCCAGGUGUGGUCAUGUGUGUCCAGCUACUAGGGAGGCUGAGGCAGGAGAAUCACUUGAACCCAGGAGGCAAAGGUUGUAGUGAGCCAAGAUUGCACCACUGCACUCCAGCCUGGGUAACAGAGCAAGACUCUGUCUCAAAAAAAAAAAAAAAAAAAACA